CUUGACGACUGAUGAUUACAAAUAUAUACUAUAUAGGCUGCUAAACAGACAGCGUACUGUAUGGUAUGACUGCACAAAGAACAACAAGUAUCCAGUUACAGCAACUCAAAUGAUAGGAAAUGUAUGAGUUGGUCCUCAUUGAUCAUCUACAAAGAGCACAGGAGUUCUGAGCCGCUCAAGGUCUCUGUCAUUCUCUGCUUACUCCGAAAAACUGCUGUACAUUAUGACUGAAAGUAAUGAUGCUGAAACUUUUGACUAUAGCACUGAUUACGUUGAUGAGGUGUGCCAUAAAGAAGAUAUACUGAAGGUGGUAUCCUAUCUCGUACCAAUUUUCUUCAUGUUAGUGGUUGUACUAAGUUGCAUCGGUAACAUCAUGGUUCUUAUCAUCCUGCUCCUUUACGAGAACAUGAAAUCCCUCACCAACAUCUUCAUCCUCAAUCUCGCUCUGUCAGAUCUGCUCUUCACUUUUGGACUUCCAUUUUGGGCCUCUUACUACAUGUGGGGUUGGACAUUUGGAGAUUUUGGCUGCAAAGCGGUGAAGUUUUUGUUUUACGCUGGAUUUUAUAGCAGUGUGCUUUUCUUAACCCUUAUGACCAUUCAGCGUUACAUGGCUGUUGUUCAUCCUCUCUCAGAUUGGGAGAGAUGCAGAGGGUUUUCAGUCGCACCUUUCAUCGUAUGGAUCCUGAGUGCUGGAGCUGCUCUGCUUGGGUCGUAUCGUAGCAAAGUUAUACCAGAAGAAAACAACAUAUACUGUGAAUAUGACAGUGUUCCAAUGAAACUUCUCAUUACUUAUCUUCAAAAUGGUUUUUUUGUCUGUGCAUUUAUAAUCAUGGGUUUUUGCUAUGCAAGAAUGCUUCAAACCAUAACAAAGACACGCACAAAUAAGAGACACAAGACCAUUCGACUAAUACUUUGCAUUUCUUUAGUGUUUUUUAUUGGUUGGGCUCCAUAUAACAUUGUUAUGUUUGUGAGAUCUUUCACUGAUCUUAAUCUAAUCACAGACUGUCCGAUAAGCAAAAAUAUUGACUAUGCAUUUUAUGUUUCCAGACUUUUAGCUUUUUCACACUGUUGCCUGAAUCCUGUGUUUUACGUGUUUGUUGGUGUAAAGUUCAGGAAUUAUUUAAAAAUGAUUCUGCAGAAAAUUUUCCAGCCAAAAAAAAACUCGGAUUCAAGUUCAGGCAGAACCACAAAGAAUCAUUCAAUGGGUUCAAUGUAUUAACACAAAACUCAAGCACUGCUACACACUGCGAUGAAUCUUCUGUGAGUUGUAAAAUAUACAGCACAAAUCAACAUUCUGAGUAAACAUCAGAUAUUUUCUUACCAUGCUAUUGUUGCAUUUUAUAUGAUUGUGAUUUUGAUGGAGUAUUUGAGUAAACGUUGAGCUUGCAUAGCAGAUUUUGGCCCAAUAACAAGAAUCCUUAAAUUUACAAUUAAAAGUAAAAAAAAAAAGAAGUGACUUUUUGAGGACUUUGACUUCCCCAUGAUCGACUUUACUUUCGGGUUGUGACGUAUUUCUCAGUGAAACAGAAGAGGAGUUUUGAGUUUAACUAUACUAGCCUGCAACCGACUAGUGAUGGUUGUGCUGUGUUGCCUUUUUAUCCCAAAUGAAGUGGCUAAUAUGUAAUAUUUGUAAGAUAUGCAAACGUUUUAGCACCCAUGUGUUGUGCU